CAAUAUUCCCAUCAUGGCGGCAGAUGAACAUGUGCAAAAAUAUGCAGUCUGAUUCGUGAAUACCAUUGAUAUCUAUCAUUCAGAGAGAGAGAGAGAGUUCAACGUUCAACAAAACGUGGCCAAAUCUGGCUUAGUAAGAGGAGAUUAAGGGAAGCUUUCUCUUGCGCAUUAAUUUGUCAAAUUGUGCGGUAAAACAUAAUUUCGCUGCUUAUACUCCCUAAGAGAGCUGACCAAACAGAGGACUUCACGUUGUCAAAAUUAAUCGCUGUCUGAUGCAACAGCACGUUGCACAACUAAAGUCGAGAUUUACAUGCGGAGAUUUUCAACACCGUGUUUGUUUACGCUCGUCGAAGUCAUGGUCGACGGAUAGUCGCCUCGGCUCUCUCUGACAGAUGCCGAUGAAUAUCUGACAGCGGAGAGAACACUGUCACGGAAAAGGGAGGAAGUUAAAGCUAUUCGAUCGUUGAUUCUGAGCACGCGGACGGACGAGAACAUGAAUCCGUCGAAAUCGGAAGGGAAAUCGAAUCUCCCGCAGAAGACGAGGGAGGAGAUCAAGGCGGAACGCGAAGCGAAGAAGGCUGCUAAGGCUGCUGCUAAAGUGGCGAAAGCUAACGUCAAUAAGGCGGAUAACGUCAGGAAUGCGGCUGCAGUAGCCAAUUGUAAGAUCCCGGUGAGAGAUGCCAAAGCAGAUGUCGCGACGGCGAAGGGUGACAAGGUAGUAAAAACAGACAAUAUUAAAAGUAAAUCUGCGACGGCUAAUUGUGGGGUCCUAGAGAGAGGUGCAAAAGCAGCUGUAGCGACAGACGCGGCAGGCUCGCAACCUGCUGAUACAGGGGCCUUGAAGGAAAAUGAAAUUCAAUCUUCGAAUGUCGUCCAAAACGGCGCGUCCGAGGGGAGGAGUGAAGGCAAGAGCAAGACCGAGCUGCGCGCGGAACGAAGAGCUAAGCAGGAAGCUCAGAGAGCUGCCAAGCAGCAACAGUCGGCAAAGGACAACGUGAAGACUGUGGAGUCUGCGAAGCCGCGUGUAGAGACAGUAGCCGAAUGCCCGGCGAGGAGGAGUGUUGCGAAAAGCGCGAUCAGGGAGGACGCGCACACCGUUGAUUUGUUCAAACACCUGUAUCAGGAGAGAGAGCGUUCGCUGUUCAAUAUCGCCACGGUGAACUCGAGCAUACACCCGGCGAUAGUCAGACUGGGCGUUCAGUACGCGAACAAGAUCAUCGUCGGCAGUAACGCGAGGUGCGUUGCGCUCUUGGCCGCCGUCAAACAGGUGGUCCGGGACUUCGAGAAGCCGACGCAGGAGGACUUCGUCCGUAGUCUCGAGGCGCACCUGAAGGAAUCGCUGCGUUAUCUGCGCCACUGCAGACCGCUGGGCGUCUCGAUGCAGAAUGCCAUGCGUCAUCUCACGUGGCAAAUGACGCAAUUUUCGUCUACGUUGUCGGACGAAAAAGCGAAAAAUAAGCUGCAAGGAGUAAUAGAUACUUACAUCUCGGAUCAAAUUAACAAGGCUGACGAAGCGAUAUCAAUAACGAUGCGGAGUAAAAUAUUGGACGGGGAUGUUAUUUUAACAUAUGGCUAUUCAUCUUUAAUUCACCAGAUAUUAGUGGAGGCGCAUACUGCAAAAAAGCAAUUUCGCGUGAUUGUGGUCGAUGGUAGGCCGUGGCUAGAAGGAAAGGAACAGUUGAGGCGUUUGGCGAAACAUGGAAUUGAGUGCUCAUAUAUAUUAAUCAAUGCCCUCAGCUUUAUUAUGCCAGAAGUCAGUAAAGUCUUUCUGGGUGCCCAUGCGAUAUUAGCUAACGGAGCAGUAAUGUCAAGAGUUGGAACCGCGCAGGUUGCCCUAAUGGCGAAAACCUAUAACGUUCCCGUUUUAGUAGCAUGCGAAACGCAUAAGUCGUCUGAACAAGUGCAGACCGACUCCAUCGUUCAUAAUGAAUUAGGUAAUGCAGACGAUCUGGUGAAUCAUCAGCCGAACGGUAGUUCAAAAAGGUCUUUACUCUCGAAUUGGCGAACGAGAAAGUCGUUAAAUCUUUUGAACAUCACUUACGACGUGACGCCAGCUGAUCUUGUGACGGCCGUCGUCACGGAAUUGGCGAUUCUACCAUGCACCAGUGUUCCUGUGAUUUUACGGUUUAAACCUUCCGAGGUUUAAAUACGUACAAUACAACGUACAUACAACAGUUAUUACGCUUCUUCAAGGAAAAAUACACAAGCGCACGACGCCUGGAAAGGAAAACUAGUUACAAACACAGAAAUUACCGGGUACAAUAUUUCGAUGUAAAUAUACGGAUUAGACUAUUUGACUAUUUCACGCAAAACAAUUAUAUUAAUCAAAUAUAACGCGAGAUAAUAUUGAUUAAUAUAUUGCGUUUAUAUAUAUAUAUACAUAUAUGAUUGUUGAAACUUUUUAAAACUACGGUGCAGAGAGAUAUAGUAACAAAAUUUCGCUUAAAGACUUGCCGAUACUUACCAAGUUUUCUAAUGACAAUUGAUAUCAAUUAGUGUUUUAUAUAUCUAACAUGUAUUAUAGUUUUCUUUUUAAUACAAAGCAGAUGCAAUGCUGUUGAUAUGAAUUGUAAAAAAUAAAACAUGUUUCUGAUAAGGUUUUUCGAUCUUCAAAAUUGUACACAUAUAUUAUUUUGUAUAUUUUAUGAAUAUGCAAAUUUCAUUAUUUUAUGCUAAUGAUACGUCUUGAAAAUAAUUAAGCACUGCAAUAUUGAUGAAACCUACAUGCUGGUUCGAAUCUCCCUUCAACUAGUAUACGCAUUUUUUGUAUUCUGGUGAACCAUAAGUAUAUUUCAAAUGCAAUUACAUUACGAUAUACACAAAUUAAUUUGACAGUAAUAUUUAUGAAAAAAUAUAUUGCUAAUUUGCACGUGA